AGCCUGGUACAGCCCAUUUCUGCGUCCAACUUCACAAGUGGAGCAGGGAAGACAAAAAUGAACGCGUUUUCGUUUCGAAGUCUGCGUUCGCGGUGUAGUGAAAGUUCUUUUCAUUUCACCACCUUGCUCCUUACAAAUAGAGCUCACUGUUGUGCAGUGAGAGGAUUUUGCACGGGAAGAAACGAUGAGGUGAUAAAAUCACGUCUGGUUCACGAAGCCAGGAAGAAAUACGGGAACCCUGCUCCAACUGUCUUUUCGAAAAUAAUAGACAAAACCACACCUGCAGAUAUAAUCUAUGAGGACGACAAGUGCAUGGCAUUUCGUGAUGUCAAUCCUCAAGCUCCAGUGCACUUCCUUGUUAUUCCUAGAAGACCUAUCCCAAGAAUCAGUGAGGUCAAGGAUGAUGACACACAGCUGUUAGGCCAUCUCUUGGUGGUGGCAAAAGUUGUGGCAAAGCAGGAGGGGCUGGAAGAAGGUUACAGAGUGGUGAUUAAUGAUGGAAAACAUGGAGCACAGUCAGUCUAUCACCUUCAUAUCCACAUUCUGGGAGGAAGACAGAUGAAAUGGCCCCCUGGCUAGAAGAGGAUCUUCCUGGAAUCAACUAGCAAUUGUGGCCCAGUCUUGUCAUUAACAGAUGUGUAUAAAGUAUGAAGAAGUAUGAAGAGCUAUGGAAGCAUGUCUUUAUUCAGAAUAACAUUAAUUAUAAUAUCCUCAUUUCUUUAGCACUUAUAUAGUACUCAAGCAUACAGUACAAAAUGCUUCACAAUAACAGGGAUAGUUAAAAGAAGGAAUGUAGAAAAUCCUUUUUUCAGCAUACAUCUAGGCAUUAGUGUAAGCAAACCUGUAAAAGUGCAUCUUGAGACAGUAUUUAAAAGAGGACUUGAAGCCAGACCAAGGUUGUAUUGAUUAAAACAACCAGACCUGUUGCCUGUAUGACAAUGAAAUCAGAACACUGUGUUUGAGUAAGUCAGGAUACCAUUUGUUUGAGAUGGUUCUCAAUUGCCAACUCCUGGUCCCAUUCUAUAAUUGAUUGCCGUCGCGCUUGACCCAAUUGUAAUGGCGUUGGCAGAGGUGUGGACCAUCCUGUCAGUGUCUCUAUGAUAAUCUAGCCAUUUGGGGUGACGUGGCUAUUCAAAUUAGAUCAUGUCUGGUGGAAUACACAUUCUGGGGCAGAAUGUUGUAAUUUCUUAAAGCUCCGAUCUUGGGUUUUAGUUUUUCCUAUUUUAAAUGCCCAAAAAGCCGACAUGUUUGUCAUGAAAUUGACAAACAAUUUUGUCUGCACAUGAGCAAAGCAGUGUAGUAUGAUCACAUGUUAUGACCACCAGCUUGGAAAUUGUUUGUAAUUUACGAAUAUGUCUUUAAAAAUCCCUAGUAAGUAUCAGAGGUAAGAAUCUGUUGGCAUGA